UAUAUCUUAAAUACUUGUGUUGCUCUUGCUGAAUUAGCGUUGAGUUCGAGAAGUGGACGUUGGUGUCCGUUAGUUUGCGUCAAGUGAAUGGCACACAACCUAAAUAUAAAUGUAUUAUAACAGUUUUAAUAUUUUAUGUUUGCGUUGAUGAUGUAAACAGUACUACAUCUGCAUGGUUGUACGCGCACAUUAACGUGGUCGUGGCACGGUUAGUCCGGCCCGCUAGCUGUUUACUGAACAACCUGAGGCCACUGACCAGUAGCAAACUGGGGAAAGAAAAUGGGGAAAAACCGCAAGCGCAAGACAGCAGCUCAACCUCCAGGACCCGGACCACAACCUGGCAUGCGACCACCGCCUCCUCCACCUCAUGGCGGGUUUCGCGGUCCCGCUCCCGUCCGUCCGAUGGGCCCACCUGGACAGAGGUUUCCUGUCCCUCAUCACGACUUUGGACCGCAGCCCCCUAGAAUGAUGAUGAUGGACGAUGAGCCUUUUCACCCGAUGGAUUUUCCUGACAGACAUGAAUUUCACCCGCCUUUUGAUGGACCUGAUCCACGUUUCCGUCAUCCGGAGUUUGAGAACAGACCGCCGCACUUCUACCAUCCAGAGAUGGACUAUGGACCGCGGUUUUGUGACAGACCUCCGGACUUCUGUCCGCCUGAGUUUGAUGACAGACCUCCGGAUUUCUGCCCGCCCGAGUUUCGGGGAAGACCUCCCAACUUCCACCCGGCUGAGUUCGAAGGUGGUCCUGGUUUCCACAGGAUGAACCCUGGGUUCGACCCGAUGGAGCAGUAUGGUCCAAGAGACCCUUAUUACAUGCCUCAAAUGGACGUACAUGGCAAUCAUGCGUUUGGAGACAGAGGGGUGUUUGCUGGACCACCGCCACCUGAUUUCCGGGGUCCGGGUCCGGUACAGCCACCACCUGAAGUGUUCAAUGCUGCUAGUGUGCCUCCACCCCAACCUCCAACGAAAAACGAUCAGCCGGCACCGAAAGAGACAAAGACUGAACCUCCUAAAUCGAUGGCAUCAAAAAUAUCAAUGUUCAAGAAUAUGUCUGCAAACACUCCUCGUGGACGCUCAUUGGGAGUAAUUUCAUUUAUUGGUAAUAAUUGCGGUUACAUUGAACGGGAGGAUUUGAAGAAAUUUUCCUUUGUAUUUGAUGCUUUUUUUGGAAGCCGAGCUCACCUUGUGCCUGGGGUUAAAGUGCAUUUCACAGUAGUGAAAAACCUGGGAAAAGAAUGUGCGGUUGACGUGAAAGUGGCACCAGGAGGAACAGAAGACAUUGACAGUACAGUGUAUGAAGGUGUCGUUCUCACAGCCCUUCCUUUUGACUCCAAGGAUGCUAAUCCUGGCUGCAUCAGAACCAUUAUCUCUAAAGAUCCCAUUAAACUGCCCUUUGGAAAGACGGACACCAAUGUGACUCUGCUGCUGUAUGAUCGUGUGGAGUUCCAGUUGCUGACCAAUGUUAUAACCAAGGAACAAAGAGCCACAAACAUCAAACCAAAAACACCCGACACUUUUCAGCUCACCAAAGAAGUCAGGGUGAUGGGUGUGAUUAUAAACAAGAGCGAUGGAACCCUGACCGUCAUGACCGAGAAACAUGAUAGUCUGACGGGCUCUGCUGCUGACAGCUUAUCAGAUGAAGAGCUGAAUGUCAUGGAUGAAGUAGAGCUCACCGUUUUGACUGUGAACGACACAAAGAAGGCCAUCCGACUCAAAAAGCUGCCUGAGGGCUCAGUGACUUUUAAUCAGAAAGGAAAAAGUAAUGAAAAUAGUUCCAGCGCAAAGGACAAUACAUCCAGCACUACUCCUGUCAAAGACAAGUGGAAGCCCGUGAACAGGGAGGCCGGUUCAGUCUCCUUGGACGUAAGCAGUGAGAAAUACGAGGGGACGAUUACCAAAAUUGCCCCAAAGAAAAGCCCAACCGAAGAAAAAGUGAUGGACAAUCAAGAGCCCGCUUUGGGUCUUCUGGUCACCACAGUGGAGGGCACAGAGAAGCAGUUAUCUUUUAAGUCAGGUGAUGUGAUCACAAAAGCUACCAUGAUGAUUGGUGACAAGGUCCAGUUCAACAUUUCCAUCAACAGUGUAACCAGUGAGGAGUGUGCCGUCAACGUAGAGAUCCUGCCUGAAACUUUCCAGACAGACUCUGAGGAGCAUCGUAAAAUAGGGCUUGUUGUCAAGCUGGAUGAUAAUUUUGGGUUCAUCAAGACACAACAGGACCCGCAACUAUUUUUUGACGUAAGUGAGGUUAUGGAGGACACCAAACUCACUUUGUCUGAGAAGGUUGAAUUUACGGUAAUACCGAGUGAAACAGCUGAAGGGGGAAAACAGGCAUUUAGAAUAAGAAGGCUGAAUGAAAGCGUCUUCACGUCUGCACCAAAAUUAGAGGCCUUUGGAGUAAAAGAGAAGAAGAAAAUGACUAUCAAAUUGCUGAAGGACCCCAAAGACCAAGUCAAGGACGGAGUCAAAACAGAGGACAAAGGCAGUGAAUCAGUGAAUUUAGACAAGUCAAACAAGGGAAAAGACAAAGCAUCUAUGUCAUCUUCAAAAGAUCUGAAGAAGGAUAGCACUAAAGGUGAUAGAGCACGAAGCAGAAGCAGGGAAAAUAGUCGACGUAGGUAUAGUCGGAGCAGGAGCAGAAGCAAAGAAAGUGGUCGACGCAGAUACAGUCGCAGCAGGAGCAGAAGCCGGAGCCGAGACAGAAGCAGGAGCUACCACAGAAGAUACAGAAGUUCCAGCCAUGAGAGGAGAGACAGCCGACACAGGCACAAACGUAGCCGCAGUCGGAGCAAAGAGCGCGGAGAGAGAUACCGACGGAGUCGCAGCAGAAGCAGAGAAAGGAGCAGCCAGAGUGCCAGGAAGAGAAGCCGAAGCCCUGAACGCUAUGCAAAACAAAGCAGCAGUAAGGAUCCAAGUGACAAAAAGAGAGUUAAAAGCCCAGACAAUGUAGAUGAUGAACUGUUGAGAAAAAGGAAGGAGCUAAUGGAACUCAACGAGUUGAUUGCACGUAAGAAAGCUAUUGUCGCUAUGGAGCAGAAUGCAAAGAAAAUUGAACCUGAGGAUGGAAAAAGUGGCGUUACAACAUUUGAUUAUGAACAUGUGCAUCGUGAGAACAUUUGGAUGCCCGACCUAAAACCAGUGAAGUCCAUCUUGAAGAAGCACUCUGAACCUCUCGCUAAUUCUCAAUCUCAGGCGUCUGCAAGCAAGGAAACUGCUGCUUCUUUUAUAAAGAGUGAGAAUCAAGAGAUGCAAAUAGGAUACCACCAACAGACUUGUGCUUUUGGCUCAAAUACACCCGGCUACUCAACAUUUGAAAGUAUUGCUGAGAGGACCACUGCAGGGUCUGAUAAGACAUCUUUAGCUCAGAUUCAUGAUCCAGAAUUGGUAAGAAAAAAGAAGCAGUUAGAAGAUCUCAGCGAGUCCAUAGCUCGCAAAAGAGCAAUAAUCGCUAUGGAACAGAAGGUUAAAGUUGUUCGGGAUUUGCCUGAAAUGGAAGCGGAAUACGAGUUUGACCCGCACACAGAGGACCAAUUUGUAAUGCCCAAAGCAAACUUAUGGAGCUCCGAAAUAAAACCUGAAGUUCAACCGAAAAAGUCCAUUCUGAAGAAACGCUCAGACAUUCUUACAUCUCAGAGUGACACAACCUCAGUUGAUGAAUAUGGUCAACCAAGUCCAGAUGGUUCUUCUUUUGCAAAACCACCUUCUCAGAAGACAGCAGCUUUGCCAUUUAACAGGUCCUCGAAUCUACAACCCAUUCAUUCUGUCACUUUGGGAAUAUUCAACCGGAUCAUGAAUGAGUCUUCAGCAGCCUCGCAAAAGACUAAAACACCCCCUUUUAACAAGCCAGUCAUCCCACAGUCGCUUGCACAGGUGGCCAGUUCAAGGUCUUUGCUUGAACAGAAAUCUCCAAGCGUGUCUAAAGGUAGCAAUUCUCUGGAUGACCAACACAGGGCAUCAUCUCGCCUGGCCCAAGACCAUCCCCCUAGUAGUAACCCUUCUACGAGUCAGACUUCACCAUCAGAUCCAAAGCGCAAUCUUACAACUCAAAUGGAGCGCUUCCUUAGUGCACUCAACAAGGCUGACACCAGUGUUGUUAACUCAUUGUUUCAAGAGGCUAGAAAGGAUCUGGCUGUAAUAAACACCCAGAAACCACCUCAGCGCCAGUUAGAUAGAAACAUACCCUUCAUGGACGAGAUAUACGAUCCUUUUAAGGAAGAUGAAGAAAAUGACCAGCCUUCCUUUUUGGGCAAACAAUCUGGCCGGGAACGAGUAAAGACUGAAACCUGUUUGAAUGACCCCAGCAAAGAUGACCUCUUGCCUCAUGAAAGAGCUAUUCAAGAUGGUAGUGGCUUUUCUCGGCUUGUUGGAAUGAAGUAUGGUGUGGACCCGACUGCAAAAGCUGGGCAUCCGAUGGUUUCAGAAAAUUGGAGUGCCCAUAAAGAGGAUCCAAAUCAGUUCUCCGAGCAGUGGAAUCCGUAUGAAGAGGACACUGAGCUGUACGCAACAGGACACCAACGUUACACCGAUGAACGCAGUCUGUAUAAGGAGCGUAGUCAAUCUGCUGAGUACCAGAAAGUCAAUUCAAGUGCUCAGCACUCUUACGUAGAGGACAGAGAGAUGCCAGAUAGUCAGUUUGAUAAAAGCUUAGCUCGUCAGGAGUCUGAAGAAAGCAGUGAGGAUAAAGACAGAAAGUCAGAGAACUUUGAGAAAAUCCAGAGUCUUCUUCAAACAAUAGGACUUCAUCUAGACACAGCAGAGGUUAGCAAAUUAGCAGACAGGACGCAAGAGCGAUUGUAUGGUAAGAUGAGAAAACCUCCUAGUGCACCUUCUCACUCCUUUGAACAAAAAAGGGAGCGAUCAGUGAGCCAAACUGAGCAAAGGGGUAGUAGUAGGGCAGAUUCCUCAGACUCCGAAAGCUUAAGAUCCGUUUCCCCAGCUCAGUCCUCAAACCGUAAGGUUUACAUGAGUUAUAAGGACUCGGUAAAAUACAAAGACCAGCAGAAAGUGGAAGAUGUAGACUUAACUAGCAUUAAGAGAACUGUAGUGAAUUUGAAACCGGAAUCCGAUGAACAAGAUCCUUACGAACCUGAGGCCACCGCAGUUUCUCAAGCUUUGUACCAACCAAUGACUGCUGUGACCACAGUUCAGUCUGACAGUUCCCAGUAUGCCCAAAGUUCCACCGUUCCCAACUAUUUGGCUUCACAAUAUUCGCAAUAUCAAAGUAGCGGUCAGAAUUCUUGGGGUUCUGUGGCCCCUGGCCUGUACCCUUAUGGCACUGUACCCCCACCCCCUAAUCUAGGUUAUGCUAGUGGUUACCAAGCAAUGCCACCACAUAUGAUGUCUGCUUAUAGUUCGUACACUGCACCAAUGCCUAAUCCAUAUUGUGUACCUCCUCCACUCUCCAUGCCACAUCCAUAUGGUCCUCCAUCCUUCUCCGCAAUGGCCUCUGCUUACUCUAACCAAGCGGCUAGUGAAGUGUCAACUGAAUCUUUAAAAACAAAGCCUGUUAGGUGUCUCAAAACAAUAGAAACCGUCCAGACAGUUCCAACAACAGUUCCAACAACCAUUCAACUAGGGCCUGCCAGGGCACUUGUUACCAUACAACCUACAGAGGACAGUCAAGCAAACCAAACAUCGGAGGAAGCCAAGAAUACACAGGUUGCUACCAUAACAGAAGAUGACAUCAAGGCUAAGCAGAAGAAACGGCUUGAACAGUUUAACCAGAGAAUGAAGCUGAAGAAAGAGCAGCAAAUGGAAGCCCAGCGUUCACGUGGACAAAAUCGGAAUUCAGCUCCAGGUAAAAGUACCCCCAAUGAGAUAAAGAAUGUGUGGAUAUGUGGCCACUCUCUUGUGUUUUGGGCUGAGAAGAGGGCUACUUCCCCUGAGUAUGGAGUGCAGUUGGGCAUGCACCCAGACUCAGUGCGCAUCUGGUGGAAGGGCGUGCAGGGCAUGACGUGGCAGCAGCUUGUACCUGUGCUGCACCAGCUGAAAGACAACUGGCCCAAACCUGAUGUGCUUAUAAUCCACUUGGGUGGAAAUGACAUAAGCACAACUGCUCCAGAGGCCUUUAUUGAGACUGUGAAGAAAGACAUGACCUCGCUGAAGAGCAUAUUCCCCAGAUGUCUGCUGGUGUGGUCCAGCAUCCUUCCGCGGCAGUCCUGGAGGGGUACGGAAGACAGCAAAGAAAUGGACAUUUUCCGUAUGGCCAUUAAUGAGAGAAUUUCUGACAUUAUGACAGAACUUGGUGGCUCUGCUUUGAGCCACAGCAACAUAAGGCCCAGUUUGGGACUCUACAGACCAGAUGGGGUUCACCUCUCGGGGAAGGGUAUCGAUACCUUCAAUCUGAACCUGCAGGCUUUUCUGGAGAAAUGGGAGAGUGAAACUAAUAAGACAGAGACAGAGACAUCCGACCCAUCCGCUUGAGAUGAGGAAAUUUCUGUGACGGUCAUUUUUGUUCUGCUAAUGCGGUUGUACAGUGCCACUUCAUUCUUGUAUGUGCUUUGUUGUUUUGUUACUUCAAAAUGGAUUGUUAUACGACCUAUGUACAGUAAAAGCAGAUUUGUUUUCUAUAUGUAUGUAUCGCAAAAAGUUUUUUGCAAGAAUGUGUUAGAUUUUAGUUUUUACUUGUUCUGUUUUAUACAUUCAGUUUAAUGACAAAUAAAAAGAAGAGCAUUAAAAUUAUUCCAUGUUAAUACGGAAUAAACUUUUUUUAUAUUUGA